CCGAGCGAAUGUGGCCCGCGAGAGAAAAUGGCGGCGGCGGCGGGGAAUCGCGCCUCGUCGUCGGGAUUCCCGGGCGCCAGGGCAGCGAGCCCGGAGGCGGGCAGUGGCGGCGGCGCCCUUAAGGCGAGCAGUGCGCCCGCGGCAGCCGCGGGACUACUGCGGGAGACGGGCAGCGCGGGCCGCGAGCGGGCGGACUGGCGGCGGCGCCAGAUGCGCAAAGUGCGGAGUGUGGAGCUGGACCAGCUGCCGGAGCCGCCGCUCCUCCGCGCCGCCUCGCCGCCCUGCUCCUCCACCUCUCCGUCUCCGGAGCCCGCGGACGCGGCGUCGGGCGGGAGCGGCUUCCAGCCGGUGGCGGUGCCGCCGCCCCCCGGAGCCGCGAGCCGCGGCGGCGUCCACCCAGCCGAGCCGGCGGCCGCGCCGGACUUAGGCGCCCGGAGUCCCGCAGGGGCCGAGCCCGGGGAGAAGCGAGCGCCGGCCGCCGAGUCGUCUCCAGCAGCGGCCCCCGCCGGUCGUGAGAUGGAGAAUAAAGAAACUCUGAAAGGGCUGCACAAGAUGGAUGAUCGCCCAGAGGAGCGGAUGAUCAGGGAGAAGUUGAAGGCAACCUGUAUGCCGGCCUGGAAGCAUGAGUGGUUGGAAAGGAGAAACAGGAGAGGCCCUGUGGUGGUAAAACCAAUCCCUAUUAAAGGAGAUGGAUCCGAAAUGAAUACCUUGUCAGCUGAGUCUCAAGGAGAAGGGCGGGCCAGUGCCACCUCCCCAGCGCCCAAGGGCCGACGCAGUCCGUCUCCCAGCAGCUCGCCAUCAGGUCGCACGGUGAAAUCCGAAUCUCCAGGAGUUAGGAGAAAGCGAGUUUCCCCGGUGCCAUUUCAGAGCGGCAGAACCACACCACCCCGAAGAGCCCCUUCGCCAGAUGGCUUUUCCCCGUACAGCCCCGAGGAGACGAGCCGCCGUGUGAACAAAGUGAUGCGGGCCAGGCUGUACUUACUGCAGCAAAUCGGACCCAACUCUUUCUUGAUUGGAGGAGACAGCCCUGACAAUAAAUACCGUGUAUUUAUUGGGCCACAGAACUGCAGCUGUGGGCGUGGGACAUUUUGUAUUCAUCUGCUGUUUGUUAUGCUCCGGGUGUUUCAGCUAGAACCUUCAGACCCUAUGUUAUGGAGAAAAACUUUAAAGAAUUUUGAGGUUGAGAGUUUGUUCCAGAAAUAUCAUAGUAGACGUAGCUCAAGAAUCAAAGCUCCAUCUCGUAACACCAUCCAGAAGUUUGUUUCACGCAUGUCCAACUCUCAUACAUUGUCCUCAUCUAGUACUUCUACAUCUAGUUCAGAAAACAGCAUAAAAGAUGAAGAGGAACAGAUGUGUCCCAUUUGCUUACUGGGCAUGCUUGAUGAGGAAAGUCUUACAGUAUGUGAAGAUGGCUGUAGGAACAAGCUGCACCACCACUGCAUGUCAAUCUGGGCAGAAGAAUGUAGAAGAAAUAGAGAACCUUUAAUAUGUCCCCUUUGUAGGUCUAAAUGGAGAUCUCAUGAUUUCUACAGCCAUGAAUUGUCAAGCCCUGUGGAUUCCCCUUCUUCCCUGCGAGCAGUACAGCCACAGACUUUGGCUGGAUCGCAAAGAAGGAAUCAAGAGAGCAAUUUUAACCUUACUCAUUAUGGAACUCAGCAGAUCCCUCCUGCUUAUAAAGACUUAGCUGAGCCAUGGAUUCAGGUGUUUGGAAUGGAACUCGUUGGCUGCUUAUUUUCUAGAAACUGGAAUGUAAGAGAAAUGGCCCUCAGGCGCCUUUCCCAUGACGUUAGUGGGGCCCUGCUGUUGGCAAAUGGGGAAAGCACUGGAAGUUCUGGAGGCAGUGGUGGAGGCGGCCCGAGUGCUGGGGCCUUCAGCGGCUCUUCCCAGACCAGCAUCUCAGGAGACGUCGUGGAUGCAUGCUGCAGUGUCCUGUCAAUAGUCUGUGCUGACCCGGUCUACAAAGUGUAUGUUGCUGCUUUAAAAACAUUGAGAGCCAUGCUGGUUUAUACUCCUUGCCACAGUUUAGCAGAAAGAAUCAAACUUCAGAGACUUCUCCGGCCUGUUGUUGACACCAUCCUAGUCAAGUGUGCCGAUGCCAAUAGCCGCACAAGUCAACUGUCCAUAUCAACACUACUGGAGUUGUGCAAAGGGCAAGCAGGAGAGUUGGCAGUUGGUAGAGAGAUACUUAAAGCUGGAUCCAUUGGUAUUGGUGGUGUUGAUUAUGUCUUAAGUUGUAUUCUUGGAAACCAAACUGAAUCAAACAACUGGCAAGAACUCCUGGGCCGCCUUUGUCUUAUAGAUAGACUAUUGUUGGAAUUUCCUGCUGAAUUUUAUCCUCAUAUUGUCAGUACUGAUGUAUCACAAGCUGAGCCUGUUGAAAUCAGGUAUAAGAAGCUGCUGUCCCUUUUAACCUUUGCUCUACAGUCUAUUGAUAAUUCCCACUCCAUGGUGGGUAAGCUCUCUCGAAGGAUAUAUUUGAGUUCUGCAAGAAUGGUUACUGCAGUACCCAAUGUGUUUUCAAAACUGGUAGAAAUGCUGAGUGUCUCCAGUUCCACUCACUUCACCAGGAUGCGUCGUCGUCUGAUGGCUAUUGCUGAUGAGGUGGAAAUUUCUGAGGCCAUCCAGUUGGGACUAGAAGAUACUUUGAACAGCUAUUUCCAGGCAUCUGCCCCUAACAGCUUCCCAGAGGAUGGUUCCCUGGGUGACACAGUCCAUUUAGAGAAAACUGGAAAAGGAUUACAUGCUACAAAGUUGAGUGCCAGUUCAGAGGACAUUUCUGACAGACUGACCAGCAUUUCAGUAGGACUUCCUAGUUCAGCCACAACAGAACAACCAAAGCCAAUGGUUCAAACAAAAGGCAGACCCCACAGUCAGUGUUUGAACUCCCCUCCUUUAUCGUCUCAUUCCCAUUUAAUGUUCCCAACUGCAUCAACCCCAUCGUCAUCUGCCCCAUCUGUACCAGCUGGCUCUGUAACAGAUGUCUCGAAACAUAGACCUCAGGGAUUCGUUCCCUGCAAAAUACCUUCUGCAUCUCCUCAAACACAGCGCAAGUUUUCUCUACAAUUCCAGAGGAACUAUUCUGAAAGCAAAGACUUAGAGAAACUCUCUCCAAUCUUUACUCAGUCAAGACCUUUACUCUCCAGUAAUAUACACAGGCCAAAGCCAUCUCGACCUACGCCAGGCAACACAAAUAAACAGGGAGAUGCCUCCAAAAGUAGUAUGACACUUGAUCUCAAUAGUACUUCCAAAUGCGAUGACAGCUUUGGCAGUAGCAACAAUAGCAGUAGUGCUGUUAUACCAAGUGAAGAGACAGUGUUCACCCCGGUAGAGGAGAAAUGCAGAUUAGAUGUCAAUACAGAGCUUAACUCCAGUAUCGAGGACCUCCUUGAAGCAUCUAUGCCUUCAAGUGAUACAACGGUUACUUUUAAGUCAGAAGUUGCUGUACUCUCUCCUGAAAAGGCAGAAAAUGAUGAUACCUACAAAGAUGAUGUGAAUCAUAAUCAAAAGUGCAAAGAAAAAAUGGAAGCUGAAGAAGAAGAAGCUUUAGCCAUUGCCAUGGCAAUGUCCGCGUCUCAGGAUGCCCUCCCCGUAGUGCCUCAGCUACAGGUGGAAAAUGGAGAAGACAUCAUCAUUAUUCAACAGGAUACACCAGAGACUCUCCCAGGACAUACCAAAGCAAAACAACCUUACAGAGAAGAUACUGAAUGGCUGAAAGGUCAGCAGAUAGGCCUUGGAGCAUUUUCUUCUUGUUAUCAGGCACAAGAUGUGGGAACUGGAACUUUAAUGGCUGUUAAACAGGUAACAUAUGUGAGAAACACAUCUUCUGAGCAGGAAGAAGUGGUGGAAGCGCUGAGAGAGGAGAUAAGAAUGAUGAGCCAUCUGAAUCAUCCCAACAUCAUUAGGAUGUUGGGAGCCACGUGUGAAAAGAGCAAUUACAAUCUCUUCAUUGAGUGGAUGGCAGGAGGAUCUGUAGCUCAUCUCCUGAGUAAAUAUGGAGCUUUCAAGGAAUCUGUGGUUAUUAACUAUACUGAACAGUUACUUCGUGGCCUUUCAUAUCUCCAUGAAAAUCAAAUCAUUCACAGAGAUGUCAAAGGUGCCAAUUUGCUCAUUGACAGCACAGGUCAGAGGCUGAGAAUUGCAGACUUUGGAGCAGCAGCCAGGUUGGCAUCUAAAGGAACCGGCGCAGGAGAGUUUCAGGGACAGUUACUUGGGACAAUUGCAUUUAUGGCACCUGAGGUACUGAGAGGUCAGCAGUAUGGUAGGAGCUGUGAUGUGUGGAGUGUUGGCUGUGCUAUUAUAGAGAUGGCGUGUGCAAAACCACCUUGGAAUGCAGAAAAACAUUCCAAUCAUCUUGCUUUGAUAUUUAAGAUUGCUAGUGCAACCACUGCUCCAUCGAUUCCUUCACAUCUGUCUCCUGGUUUACGUGAUGUAGCGCUGCGCUGUUUAGAACUUCAACCUCAGGACAGACCUCCAUCACGAGAGCUACUGAAGCAUCCAGUCUUCCGUACUACAUGGUAGCCAAUUAUAUGAAUAAACUCUCAUAGAGACAGAAUGCUCAACAAGAAAGAAAAAACUGUGGGAAACCACAUUGAUAAUCUGCUGGCCUUCAUGCUACUGAGCAGCUAUGAAGAAGGCCAGUAGAAAACCCUUACCUAAGUAUGUGAUUGACAAAUCAUGAUCUGUACCUAAGCUCAGUAUGCAAAAGUCCACAACUUGUGCAAAAACUGUAAACAGUGCCUUUCAAAGAACUGGCCCUAGAUGAACAGGAAAGCAAUGAAGUUUGCAUGACUAAGUAACAGAAGCAUUAUGUUUUUGGAGCACUUUUUCAGCAAUAUUAGCAGCUGAGGGGCUCAGGAUCUAUUUUGAUGUAUCAGUUUUUCUUCCAUUUCAUAUAAUGAUCACAAGCAGGGGGUUCGGCAAUUCCGUUUUUUAUAUUGUUGUCCAUUGUGGGAUGUUUUUUGUUUUGUUUUGUUUUUGUCACUGGCUGUAAAAAUCAGUAUCUGCCUCUUUUAAGUCAGUCUAUGAGUAGCAGUAAAUAUAAAUAUAUAUAUAUACAUCUAUAUAUAUGUGUGUAUAUACACAUACAUGUACAUGUAUAUAUGUAUACCUGCAUGUAGUAUAUACAGGUGUAUAUGUACGUAUGUGUAUGUGCAUGUGUAUGUAUGUGUAUAUAUUUAAAGGUUAAUAACUUUCUGACACAGUUGACCUUUUUUAUAUCAAAUAUGGGGGCAGUUGUGGUUCAUUGUGCAUUUUACUGUUGGCCCAUUCAUUUCGGUUUUGUUUUUGGAAAUUAUGGUUCUGUAUUUUCAUUUCACCUUUAUUUAUGUGUUUAAUAUUCAGGGAAAGGUGUUCUCUUCAAGCCAGAAAAAAACCACAAUAGAACAAGGUGUGAACUAGGGUUUAUUAAGUAUCUUGCUUUUGCAAGAGAUUUUAAAUAUUGGUUUGAUUUUGUUUUAAAAUGGAGUAUGAUUAUGUACUGCCUUGAAAUAGUCUCUCUGCCCUUACUGUGCAGGUUCAAUCUAAGUUCAUCAAAAACCAUCUGGUUUUUUAUGUAGCUUUCAACCAAGAGCAUGAUUACACUGAAAUGUAUUUUAAUUUUUUUUAAUGUUUCAGUGUCUCUUGCUAAACUGUAGGAAACUUCACACCAUUUAAGUCUUACUCUGUAUGUACAAUACAUCAUUCACCAUUACCACUGACUGUACCAGAACUACUAUUUUCCUUCGACCAUGCAUUUUAUCUGUAUAGUAGGCCUGGCUGAUAAGGAAAUUUAACUUAAUUAUUCAAAUACAAAUCAUUAAUGACUUUAAGCAGUAAAUUUGCUUUGAACUUGAAAAAUGAUCAGAAAGAAAAGUGCAGCUGAAUUAUAGUUACAUAAUUUCUUGGAUUUUAUUUAGUGGCUUUAGUCUGGAGUUGAAUUUAGAUGCAUGGAAUCUUGAAGGAAAAUGGUACCUCUCUUAUUGUGUGUGUGUGUGUGUGUGUAUGUGUGUGUGUGUGCAUGCGUGUGUGCGUGCGUGUGUCUUUGUCUUUUAAAGCAAGUACUGAUUAACUAUUAAAUACAACUUUGAGAUGUUUAAAUUUUAACUCUUCAGAAGCCAGUGUGAAAUAGAAUUGGUUGUUCACAAAGACUCAGGAUAAACUAAAUAAGCUAUAUAGAGUACAUUUAAAAUGUACAACACAAAUUGGAAGUAAAAUAAGUUACAAGACAAGUUUACAGAUCUAUAUUGCAUAUAAUUUUUAAAAAGCAGUUUGUUUUUUAUGUGAAUGUGUUUCUUAAUGAAAUUUUACAUUCCUUUGUUUUGGAAGAUUGGCAAUUUUGAAGAGUUAAAAAUAGAAGAGAAAUGUGAAGUUUGGUAGCUCUAAAUGUAUUGUACUUGACUUUUAUUUUCUUUUUUAACUAGUUAGAAUUUUCACAAUUCUAAUAAGACUGUUUCCAAGUCUCCCAUGUGCAAGCUUUAAAGGAUGUACUCUUGCCAUUUUAUGUACUGGAAAAUCAUUGGUCAGAUUAAUACUGUAUCUGACAGAAAUGUAAACUGUAUAAACUGAGGAACCUCAGCUAAUCAGUAUUACUUUGUAGUCACCAUGCCCACCACAUUUCAAACUCAAAUUGUCUGUAGAUGUCAAAAUCCAUUGUGUUUGAGUUUGUUUGCAGUUCCCUCAGCUUGCUGGUAAUUGUGGGUUUUUUUGUUUUUUUUCAAUGCAAAUGUGAUGUGAUAUUCUUUAUUUUCUUUGGAUCAAAGCUGGACUGAAAUUUGUAUUGUGUAAUUAUUUUUGUGUUCUUAAUGUUAUUUGGUACUCAAGAUGUAAAUAACGUCUACUGCUGUUUAUUCCAGUUUCUACUACCUCAGGUGUCCUAUAGAUUUUUCUUCUACCAAAGUUCACUUUCACAAUGAAAUUAUAUUUGCUGUGUGACUAUGAUUCCUAAGACUUCCAGGGCUUAAGGGCUAACUUCUAUUAGCACCUUACUGUGUAAGCAAAUGUUACAGGAAAAAAAUCUCUGGGUUAAGAAAAUUUGGCUUAAAUGUAUCCUUUGUUUAUUUUAAAUAUAUCAAGAUAUUUUAAUUAAAAUUUUUACCCCAUUGAACCAAUUUUAUAGUAUUUGUACCUAUUUUGGUGUUUUGUCUUUAUAGUAAAUAAAAGUUUUUGAACAAAGUUAA